UUGCAGGCCAUGACGACGUACGACCGGCUCGUCCAGCGCCUCCUGCGAGUCAACCAGUUCCCACACACGGUGAAGAUGGGUUUGCGCAACUCUAUUGCACUGCACGAAGCGCUGGGGUCGCCAGCCAAGCAUUUCGACACAAUCCACAUUGCAGGCACGAACGGCAAAGGCUCUGUAUCAUGGAAACUUGCGAAGGCCCUAGAGUCGUCGGGGUUUAAAACAGGAUUGUUUGUGUCUCCUCACGUCUCGUGCUUUCGUGAACGCAUCCAAGUCAACGGCAACCUCAUCUCGGAGGCUCAACUUGAGGACCUCCUGCCGACCAUCUUCGACAAGAGCACGCAACUUGCCAUCCCAGCCACGUUCUUUGAGCUCACAACAGCGCUGGCGCUGCAGCAUUUUGCUCGCGAAGAAGUGGACUGUGUUGUGUUGGAAACUGGUCUUGGAGGGCGGCUCGAUGCCACGAACAUUGUCACCCCAGUCGUGUCAGUCAUCACGUCCAUAGGGCUGGAUCACACGAGUAUCUUGGGAUCGACGCUCCCAGAGAUCGCACGGGAGAAGGCUGGCAUUAUCAAGCCCUCCGUGCCAGUGGUGUGUGGCCCCAACACGCAGCCCGACGUCAUGCGCGAGUUUGCACAACGUGCGAAUGCGCCGAUAGCUUUUCUCAACGACACACCGCGGUACGCCGAUGACUUCAACGUUGAAAACACCGACCUCGCAACGCUCGCCGCGGAAACGCUCAACCAGAGUGGCAAGAGCAAGGUUCACAUCAAGCUGGAAAGUCCUCUAGUCCAACACGCGCUGCAGUCUCGACCGCCCUGCCGGUUCGAAACUGUUCAAGUUCCCCACCACGGCGUGACUGCCGUGUUGGACGUCGCGCACAACUUACCAGCAUUUGAUCGCUUGCUCAAGUUGCUCCAGGCCACGUUUCGGCAUCACUCGUUUCGUUUUGUGUGUGGUUUUUCCGCCGACAAAGACAUUGGGCACGUGAUCGACUCGAUCAUGGCCACGCGUGCCUCCCACGUGCAUUUCGUCCAGGGGUACCAUCCGCGGUGCGCGUCGAUGGUCGAAAUUCAGCACGCUCUGGGAAAGACGGCCCAAGAUGCCGUGUCGUUUCACUCGGCCGAGGGAAAUGAAACCAGUGUCGGCGCCGGGGUCAAAGCCGCCAUUCACGCCGCCGCCGAAAAGAACUCGUCGGACGAAGAAAUUGUUGUCGUGUGUGGCAGUGUGUUUAUCAUGGCGGAAGCUCGCCAGGCGCUGGGAUUCAACGAGCCCGUCGACAGCGACGACGUCAAGCGGAUUUCUGGCGUCGGCCUCAAGACAGCGCGCGAACGGGAGGCAUCGUUGCAACCGAAGUAGACAACAGGGAAGGUAGCAAUGUAGAUGAUCACUCAAAUGGUUCUUUGUUCAGCAGCA